CUUUAGAUUUACUUAAAUUGAAUAUUGAAUAUCAUCCCAGGUCACAAAUGGGCUUUUGGUGGAUUAUUUUAUAUAUCAGUGGCAGUACCACUACAGGUAGUGAAGUGUUUUGGUUUCCAAGUUCUAGAUUUCGUUCGAAUUGGAAAACAAGGAGAACAGCCUUAUGGACAUAUUGCUUGAACUAAAGCGAGAAGUUUCAGCAUUACAUAAAGAUAUAGAAAACCUUACGAUAGAAAAUGUACUUCAAGAAACAACAAUUAAGGAUCUUAAACAUAAAAUAGAAGAAUUAGAGCACAAACAUGCAGCCCAAAACAUGGAAUCUCAAAAAGCUCCUUCACGUGAGGAUAAGGACGAUGACUCGAUCCGUUCAGGAGAAAACAUAAACCAUGAUGCUCCAACUACGCCGAGACUUCCGCCAUGGCUGCUGUCGCGUCAACGCCGGGCUGUUGGCAACGCUGCAUUUUCCGUUUACUUGUCUCAGUCGAAACAGCACAUGACGAACGAAGCGAUCAAGUUUGACAGAAUUCUUCUCAAUGACGGAAAUGUCUACAACACUUUCACUGGCGCUUUUACGGCGCCGCUUUCUGGCGUUUACCUCUUCACAUAUCACUUUGAUUCCACGACGUCGACGUUCGUUCGUCUCGUCGUUAACGGCGUAAAUGAAGUCGACGCCGUAGCCAAUCCGCACGUGGUUUCCGGUCCGCGGCAGGCACAGUCCAUGGGCGGAAACACGUGUAUCAUUCACGUGAGUCACGGCCAGGCGGUCCAGGUACAAGUGUUUGAAAUUCCGGACGCUACAAUCGACUCGAGUGACAAUUUUCACUUUUCUACGUUCUCUGGCGUCUUGUUGUAUUAGUAUAUGUAUAAAAUAUGACUAGUCUAAAAUAAUAAGUUCUGUAUUGUUAACACUGCAACUAUUUGUACGCAGAGGCACAAGUUUGUUUACUUAAAACAUCAAAAUAGCAUAAAAAAAAAUAAUUUAAAAAUAUAUAUUUCCGUGUUAUCGUUUUACUUGUGUUUUUAUUACGUUCUUAUCAAAAUUUAACUUUUAUACCACAUUUUGGCGAAAUGAAACUAAUUGUGUACAUCAUCAAUUGGAAAUCGUUUUGCAUCUUUUAGAUAGCAAUUAUC